AUGUCACACGAAGCAUUGAACCCCAUUCAUCCCUCAGUCCUCCCCAAAUUGGACCCUGCGUUCGUUCAAUUAUACAACGAACACGUCGCAAAUACCCCAGCUGGACCAAUUGAUCUUGCAGUCUUGCGCACCAAAUAUUCCGUGUUGUACUCCUAUGGCACUGGACCAGCACCAGACUGUGGUCGGGUGUAUGACGCCGAAGUUCCAGGACAUAAUGGGGACAUGAUUCCCGUUCGGGUAUACGAGCCGGCGUCUCCGGGCCCAUGGCCAGUGCAUAUCGAUUUCCACGGCGGAGGAUGGGGUCUUGGCGACCUUGACACGGAAUCCCACAUCUGCAAGCACAUUUGCGUCAAGGCGGAUGUCUGCGUGAUUGACGUGGAUUAUCGUCUCGUACCGGAGCAUGCAUUCCCAAUCGGCAUCCAAGAUUCGUUUGCUGCACUCCAGCACAUCCACGCGAAAGGUGCUGGUCAAUUCAACAUUGACCCGACCCGCAUUUCUCUCGGAGGCGUCUCAGCCGGUGGACACAUUGCCUUGGUAUGCGCGCACCUGGCAAGAGACGCCAACCUCCCCCUCAAGCUAGUGGCCGUGGGAACGCCCACCAUCGACGAUAUUUCCAAAUACAAAACAGCGUCUGAAUCACCCUGGCCGUCCAUGCAAGCCAUGGAGUAUGCACCGACACUCAAUUGGGCACGAUUGAAAUGGUUCGACAACCUCAAAUGGCAAAGCAUCGCAUCAUCUGGUUCAGAGCGAGAAUCUCAACUCGCCGCUGUCAGUUGGUAUGCCAAUAUCCUCGAUGCGCCUAAUUGCAAGGACCUUCCGACGACGGUUAUUUAUACUGCCGGGUGUGAUCCGCUGCACGACGAGGGUGAGGCCUAUGCUCAGAAAUUGAUCAGCAAUGGGAAUGAAGUUACUCAAAAACGGUUUGUUGGGGUUCCUCAUCCUUUCAUGCAUAUGGACAAAGGUGCGUUGCUUGAUCCUUCUUCGAGUACCGAGUACAAUAAGUGUUGA